CCUGUGGCUUUUCCUUGGAAGCAGCAACAGCAGUUCUCAGCAGCAGGAAUCACGAGGCACGUGCGUAAGUUAGAUCUCUCUUUCUCUGUGGUUCUUUUAUGCUCAUUGCCAGUUUGUUGUGUACCUGAACCCCUGAGAGGAAGACUCUGGAAACUUGCUAAUAGCAAGCUUCCACUUGACAAGGUCCAUGGGGUGCUUCAGGCAGAGGAACCUGAGCAGCGGCAUGUUGACAUCAAAGCACCUGCUUCCAUAGCAUCUUCCCCCGAGCCGGAGAGAAGGACAUGCAGCACUCAACACCGCUCCUUAGAUCAUCUGGCAGGAGAGGAUCCUCUGAACAGAUUUUUACAGGGAAUGACUGAAGAACGGGACCUUAUGACUCCUCCUCAGUCAGCUGAUGUCGUGGAUGAAAACCUCUCUGUUUCCGACUGCCCCGAGCCCUGGAUCGAACCCACUUUCACCCUAGCAGCCAGGGUCCGUGUGAUUGUCACCAUCUGCUUUUUCUUGAUAGCAGCAUGCAGCAACUCAGUUGUGUUAUACAGCAUCAUGAGGAAGAGAAGGAAGUCCCAUGUCCGGCUGCUGAUACUGAGCUUAACAGUGGCAGAUUUACUGGUGACCUUCACGGUCAUGCCCCUGGAUGCUGUGUGGAAUGUGACAGUCCAGUGGUACGCCGGGGACCUGCCUUGUAAAUUGCUGAACUUCCUCAAGCUCUUUGCCAUGUACUCUGCAGCACUGGUGCUUGUGGUUAUCAGCAUAGACCGGCACUCAGCCAUCCUCCACCCCUUUGCCUUCGCUAAUUCCAGUCGACGCAACAGACUCAUGUUAUAUGUCGCUUGGGUCAUGAGCCUUCUGCUGGCCUCGCCCCAGCUUUUUCUUUUUCACCUGCACACUAUCCCGGGUGUCAAUUUUACCCAGUGUGUGACGCAUGGAAGUUUCCAAGAGCACUGGGAAGAAAUCAUCUACAAUAUGUUCACCUUCACCACCCUCUACGUCGCCCCACUGAGCGUCAUGAUUGUCUGCUACAUCCGCAUCAUCUGGGAAAUCAGUAAGCAACUGAAGAUCAACAAGGGUCUAGCAAGAAGCAAAAACAACCACAUCUCCAAGGCGCGAAUGAAGACCCUGAAGAUGACCAUUGUGAUAGUUGCCUCCUUCAUUAUCUGCUGGACCCCAUAUUACCUCCUGGGCCUAUGGUACUGGUUCCAGCCAGACAUGAUUCAAAGCAUGCCCGAGUACAUCAACCACAGUCUCUUUCUCUUUGGCUUGCUACACACGUGCACCGAUCCUAUCAUUUAUGGACUCUACACUCCUUCCUUCCGAGAGGAUAUGAAGGCGUGCCUUAGAGGAAUAGAAACAGUAAUUACGGGGCAGGAGAGAAACAAACUGAUGUCCAGUUCUGAGAUGAACAUAAAGGACUACAUUAUAAAUGGAGGAGCAGCUUCGGGCACUUCCAACGGCACAAUCAUCCACACAGUCUGCUAAAGAAAAGCAUCCGGCAGGAGGAAAGGAAUUCUGUGUUCUUGAUCAGGGGUGUUGUGUUGGCCAGUAGCCCCUAUUACGGUGACUGCCUGGGAAGUACAGUACUAAUGCUGGCAUGUCAUUCAGCCACCCGCCCCUCCUGAAUUAGGUUUGAAUGGAACAGUCACCAGAAAUUGGUAACUUCUGCCGGCUUCUGCCACACUCAUGCUGAGUAUCACCGUGCUCUCCAAGGGAUCCCAUUGAUUCUGAUUAUUCUUACAAGGAAAUUAUCUCUAGACUUUACCACCAGAUUUUUUUGGCACCACUUUCAAAGAUCCUCUAAGAAAUUGGUUUGAGCAUUAGCUUGCUAAACCCAGGGUUGUGAGUUCAAUCCCUGAGGGGGCCAUUUGGGGCAAAAAUUGGGGAUUGGUCCUGCUUUGAGCAGGGGGUUGGACUAGAUGAUCUCCUGAGGUCCCUUCCAACCCUGAUAUUGUAUGAUUCUAUGAUUCUAUGAUUCCCCCUUAUUCCGGACCUGGGCCCUUGUGCUCUGCUUCCGAGGACCCCUUGGGACAAUGGGAGAGACUCAGAGAGGGGCUGGUGUCCUGCUACUCCACCAGCUCUGUAGAAGUCUUUUGCACAUAUCCUGUUCCCCACGGGCUGGUUCCAUCCUCUUUAUGGCCUUUUCAUGCUGCUCUUGGGCCAGGUGCAACCUACUGUGAUGGAUUCUAGAAUUCAGUAUCUGCCAGCCCCCUGCUCCCAACCACUGUUUUUCUGGAAAUAUACGUUGGCUUCUAAAAAAUAUAGAGGAAGGGUCGGAUUGGCAAAAGAGCAUCCUUUCCUUUUGGCCUCGGUGGGAUCAUUCAUGGGGCUAACGGUACUCAGCUGCGGAGGUGUUUGCAGAACCAGGCUCACGGGCUGGGCAGUUCUCACAGCUGUGACUUCCAUGACAAAAAUGAGACGUUUCAAGUUUUGUCAUACAAAGUCUUGGUCUUGUCUUCCUGGCCUGCCUGCUCCUGACAUCACCUCCUCUGUGAACUUCUACUCAGCUGUCCCGUAUUAAAAGCUACUCACAUGACUCAGUACAUACCAGGCACCAGCCCUAAUUCUUCCACUGUCAUUCCUGUGACUGUUUUGAAUCCCUGGAAAGGGAGCUUGUGCUGGUUUGGUGCUUUCUGAUAUAUGUACGGUGGAAAUAAAUGGUCAGUGGAUUGUUUAUGGGAAACCCUUAGCUGUGUCCAUGCCAUGCCCCGGCACCGGGAACUCUGAGUUAUGUUCGCCUUUGAAUUGACAUAAUUACAAAUCAGAUAUGCCAAUGUGGGUAUUUUAAUAGCUUGUGAACAUAUGGUUUCCUGCCUGAUCAGUGUGGAGUACCAAUGCAGUUCAUCCCUGUUUAACUUUAAUACAGCGGAAGCCAUAUUAUGCCCUCACAUUUGGGCCCAGUGAUGCAGAAGGUUCCUGGGGCUUAAACUCCUCUUCUGGCCAAAUCUGGCAUUCCCUCCAGAAGCAAAACUCUCCCUGAGGUGGGAGUUUGGCCUGGGCAAAGACUGAAGGAUCAGCCCCUGGUUGUUUAGUUGUUGUCCGUAUUAAAGGAUAGGUAAUCAAGAAAAGAGAGAAACAACCCCCGCACUGAAAAUCUGUGUCAAAAACCCAGUCCAAACUCUUCCUUCUGCAGCCCUAAGUGGCCACAAAGUGGGGAUUGCCACCUUGGCUUUACAGAGAGCUCUGCCGUCUACACUGCAGUUUAACUGGCUUCAGACAAAAGCUGCUGUGGCCGUUGAUUAGCUGUGUCGAAGUCAGCACCCCCCAGGAGAUUCAAAGUGGACCAAGACAGGAAGAGCAGCACCCUUAGCCAUUCUGGGGAAUGAAUAGCUUCACCUCCCAAAGCCCCAUAUUUUGCUGCCUUGGUGUAAAUUUUUUAACUGUGACCCUGGAAAUGGAGGUUGAUGAUUCACAGGCGAAUGGACUUCAGACUAGGGCUGUCAAUUAAUCGCCGUUAACUCACAGAAUUAACUCAAAAAAAUUAAUCAUGAUUAAAAAAAUUAAUUGCGAUUAAUCGCAGUUUUAAUCGCCCUGUUAAACAAUAGACUACCGACUGAACCUUAUUAAAAUUUUGAAUGUUUUUGUACAUUUUCAUAUUAUUGUAUUCUGUCAUGUAAUUGGACUCAAAGUGUAUAUUAUUUUUGAUUACAAAUAUUUGCACUGGAAAAAUGAUAAACAAAAGAAAUAG